CAAGAACUGCCGCCAUUGCCGAACCCGCCAAUAACCAAAAGAAUAAGCUGUGUUAUCGAGAAUUCACUCGUUUCCCAACCAGACUCCCCAAUUGGGUCUUGUCGAUCUAUUAAGACUGUAAACAUUUGAGCGGAAUCAUUCGUUUACAUACUCCUGAACCCCUGAGCGGGAUGUUAUCAUAACAAAAACUCUCCGCCCGGGAACCGCGGAGUGAAAUGGAAGUCGCGAAGAAUCAAGCAACCCCCGCGGCAGCGCGGCCGCCGGUGGCAGUAAGAAAGGACGAGGAUAAGGAAGUCGCAUCGCGCACAAAGCAGAAGCCGAUACACUACCCCUUUUGGUUCGGCGGAAGCGCGAGCAGCAUGGCCGCAUGCGUGACGCAUCCACUCGAUCUCGUAAAAGUCCGCCUGCAAACCCGCACCGGCGACAUGCCCAAGUCCAUGAGCGGCACCUUCGUGCACAUCAUCAAGCACAACGGCGUCCGCGGGCUCUACAGCGGCCUCUCGGCCUCGCUGCUCCGGCAAAUAACCUACUCAACGACGCGCUUCGGCGUCUACGAAGAGCUCAAGUCGCGCUUCGCCUCCAAACAAAUCGAUCCUGCCACGGGCAAGGCCAAACCGCCAUCCUUCCCGCUCCUCGUCGCCAUGGCCUGCGCCUCGGGGGUGCUGGGGGGGAUAGCGGGCAACGCGGCGGAUGUGCUCAACGUGCGGAUGCAGCACGACGCGGCGCUGCCGGCGGCGCAGCGGCGCAACUACGCGCACGCGCUCGACGGCCUGGUGCGCAUGGUGCGCGAGGAGGGGGUGGCCAGCGUGUUCCGCGGCGUGUGGCCCAACAGCGCGCGCGCCGCCGCCAUGACGGCGAGCCAGUUGGCCAGCUACGACGUCUUCAAGCGCACCCUGCUGCGCCUCACCCCGAUGCAGGACAGCCUGGCCACCCACUUCACCGCGUCUUUUCUGGCUGGUGUCGUCGCGGCCACCGUGACCAGCCCCAUUGAUGUCAUUAAGACGAGGGUCAUGUCCGCCCCGAACGGGAGUCAUGGUGUAGUGGCGCUUCUGAGGGAUGUGUAUGCCGCUGAGGGGCUGAGGUGGAUGUUCAAGGGAUGGGUGCCGAGUUUUCUGCGCCUGGGGCCGUGAGUUUUUCCUGUGAUGGUUUGUUUGCUCGCAUGUGCCUAACCCUGGCUGACUGACCUUUCCCAGGCAAACAAUUUGCACUUUUCUUUUUCUAGAAUCUCACCGCAAAGUCUAUAGACGGGUC